AUGGUCACCUUGCUCGUCCUGUUUGACUUUACCAAGGCCUUUGAUACGGUCUCCCACGAUCUUCUUCUUCGUAAGCUGCGCUCUUUCCGCCUGUCUCCCUCCACCUGCCAAUGGGUGCGGUCCUACCUUACGGGGCGUCACCAGCGCGUGCGUGGCCCGGACGGUUCCUUCUCGUCUUGGAUGCCUGUUGUUGCUGGGGUCUCGGUUCUCGGACCUCUGCUUUUUUUACUUUUCCUCAACGACCUCAGUUCCAUUCUAAGUCAUUGCAGCCACAUCCUGUACGCAGAUGACCUGCAAAUUUAUAUUCACUUUCCACCUGCUGACAUUGACGCCGCUCUGGCCAAGGUCAGAGCGGACAUUGCCGCAAUCGAGUCCUGGGCUCAGAACAACUCCCUCAUCCUUAACGCUCGUAAAACUAAAUUCAUGCUCCUGGAGUCCUCUAAAUUCAUCAACAGCAUUCCCUCCUCUAGCAUCCAACUUCACCUCAACGGUACAUUAAUUUAG